AUGGAUCUCGCAUAUGAUCAUAUCCAGGAGGAAGCCUACAAGAUCCCCGAGGAGUCUGGAGAGAGCUCUAAGCAGGAAGAUGCGCAAACUUCCCUGAAUAGCGAUAUCCAGGAAGCUUACAAGGCAUUCUCCGCAAGCCCGUGGGGCGCCAAGAUCGGAGGCUUCUUUGGUAAUGUAAUCAAGCAGGGCGAAUCCGUCUACACUCAAGCUUCCAAGGAGUUUGCCGAGGUCGGCGAGGAUGCGCAGAAGGGAUUCACCAGUUUGCGAGAAGCCGUCGUAAAUAGAACCCGAUCGCUUUCUCUCACCACCAUCAUCCCCGACUUGUCCAACGCCGAGGCCGACGAUAGCCAAAGGACCCCGACGAAUACAACAGCCCCGGAAGCUGGAGAUGGCGCUUCCACCCAAGAGUCUGAAACUGUGCUGUCGCGCCUAAGGACUGAGGCUGCGAAGCGCUUAAAAGAUUUGCAACAGGCUGAGGAUGCCGCCGACGAAGCUCUGCUCAGAUUUGGAAGCAAUAUUCGAGACUUUUUACGGGAUGCGAUUAGUGUAGCGCCUCCAGAUGAAUCAACCGAAGGCAGCCAGGUCAUGUUUGAGAGCAAAGAUGCUCAAGGAAAGCGAGUGAUUCACACUUCAAGAUUCGAGGCCCAGCUACAUGUCAUCCACACAUCCCCGGAGAGCUUCGCUAAGGACCCGUCCGCCACGGAAUAUGACCAAUGGACCAAGGGCUUUGACAUUGAUGAGCAGACUGAUGAAAUCAGCGGCGACUUGGCCAAAUACCCCGAAUUACGAGCAACUAUGGAAAAGCUAGUGCCGGACCAGAUUCCCUACGCCGACUUUUGGAAGAGAUACUACUUCUUGCGCCAUGGCAUUGAGACUGCUGAGUCGCGACGACGUGAUCUUCUGAAAGCUGCGUCUACUGAAGACGAGGUUGGUUGGGACGAUGACUCCGAGGAAGAAGAGGAGGAAGAUGAUUCCGAGGAAGACGAAAAAUCCACAAAGCCUACCCCAACCGAUAAAUCCGCCGUUGCCGUCGGCAAGGGAAAGAAGCCCGAGAAAUCUAAUGAUGAAAAAUCCGAGGCGGAAACCGAUGCUAGCUAUGAUGUUGUUGGAGCGGCUUCAGGAAAGACGAGCCAGCUGCCUAGUCAGACACCAAACAGCCCAAAGGAGCCCAAGAAGAAGGGGGAGAAGCGUGAUAGUGACGAGGACAGCGACGAUGAUAGCGAAGGCGAUGAUGACGACAGCGAUGAGGAUUGGGAGUAA